AUGUCGGGCUCGACUUCAGUCACAGAGAAGCCAUCCGGCGCGCCUGAGCAGCCGACACGCAAGGAUUACUUCUCUUCGUAUGCCAAAAUUGGCUUGCUGGCGACAUGCACCCUCAGCAUUGGCCUCGCCCUCAUCAUUUUGAGCCUUGGAUUCCUGUGGUUCUUGUGGCUGGGAAGCGAUCAUAUCUCACUUUGGCGAGCCAUUAUCGAUCGAAAUUGGGCCCCCAGGUUCAUCGCGUUAUGGUCGCUGGCAAUCAGACAGUCUGUGUCCUUCCAUGCCUCGGCUGCGACCGCCAUGCUUGCCAGUCUGGCCCUGGAGCACACGGCUGUUCUCCUGCUCAACCUUGCUUCCGUAUCGACCACCCGAAACGCGAAUGGAGGUCCUUACAUGCUUGUGUGGUGGCUUUGGAAAGCCUUUCGCUUCAAUCCUCGGCGGUGGGGAACUAUUUUAUGGCCACUCUUGAUCGCGAUCUUGGCCUCGACAACAGCAUUGAUCCAGUUCACUUCGUUUGCCCUGCUUUCCGACGUCGACGUCGUGGUCUCGCGGGCCUCGAGCCAGACCAAGUUGUUGCCAACACAUUUUGAAUACGACCAGGACGGCGACAUUCCAGUCGUGACCCAUGGCUCCACGUGGUCCCAGCAGCUCCAGUCGUACGUCAGUUUUGCCGAAUACCACGAACCGGCCUCUCAAGACCUGCCUGACGGAGUCGACGAUACUGGCCUGACCUUGAGAGCGUUUCUCCCGAUAGUAGACCAGCAGACUCGGUCUAUGGUGGCGUCGUGGGACGGUCUGGCCACGGUUCUCGAUGCCAGAACUGUUUGUAUACGACCCACACUCGUUGACCCUCGUGUGCACUAUGCAGACGAGUCGUUGGCCUUUGAGACUGCCUUCACCAUCGACCUCGGCAGCUAUGAUCCGAGUGAUCUUGGCCUGGAACCAGUUUCCUCUCCAGAAUUCAAAUGUGACUCGGGAAACUGCCCUGGGGUGAUUGCCUGCAUGGUGCCCCUGACAGUAGUGCAGAGCAACGGAAGCUUUCAGACGACACAAGCUCAGUUUCCUCAAUGGCGGCUGGUUGCUUGCCAGCCUUCAGGGGCCAUGGCAGCCACUCCCUUCCUCCUGCAGAGUCAAUUCCAGGUUCCCGGUCUGGAGGCUCGAACGGACACGCAUGUGGGGGACCCAAACUAUUCCUUUGGCAACGCGUAUCUAGUGAUCAAUGUCUCGUCCGGCUCCGAGGCGGACUGGGCAGAAGCUAUUCCUGGGGAGGAUCCUAAUCAAGGGAUCUUCCGUGGCGCGGGCACUCCGCCCGUGGGCUAUAGCGUGCACGGGCAGAAGAACGAAUGGUAUGAUCUGAUCUAUUCGGAAGAUGCAACCCUCAAUCUGAGCGUCAGCGUGUGCUACACGGCCUUUGACACGGCAGAUCUCCAUGUCAAGAUCGACUCGUCCGGUAACCACUCGGACCUCACGCCGUCAUGGAACGCAGCCACACGAGCCUUUGAAUUCGCCGCCAUCAGAGCACAACUGGGACAAGACCGUGAAACUGGGGCGGUGACGUACUCGCCCAACUUGGGCGCCCGCAAUACCAUGAACCUCCAAAGGAGAGACUCCUGGAUUCCGGAGCCCGACUUUGGUGAUUACAUUGUGCCGCAGAAUCGUGUCACCCAGACAAGCUGGAUCACCGACUAUGCCAACAUGGCCGGCUCGCUGCAAAGCAAUGUCUUCCAUUAUGACCUUGGUAGCAAUUGGACGCGUUUACUGUGGCAGAGCUAUCAGCUCAUGGGGAUGUGGUCUGCCCAGAUGUCAUAUGACUAUGCUGAUGCAUCACUCACGGGGCUCGUUCAAGAGAUUCUCCAAGCCGGGGGUUCGCUGCCUUUUGCUAUGCAAAGCAUUGUGACCGUCCUGAGCGAGCUGGCAUAUUACCAGCAGGUGCAACAACUCAACGGCCCCUCGACCGUGACGGCAUCGCCGUACGUCCAAGCCUCGGCUCCAGUCAGGAAGCGAGGAUUGAUCGCAGUCACAAUUGUCCUGGGAGUCCACUUGCUUGUUGUUCUUUGCCUUGUCUUGCCAGCGUUCCUUUGGCAAACCAGGAUCUCAAGUCUGGGCAACGCCUGGCAAGCAGUCGCUCAGCUCAUCGACUCGAAGACGGAUCCGAUUUUGCACAAGGCCCCGCUGGCCACUGAAUCCCAAGCAGAGCUAGCGGUCAAAGUGCCAGUGGGGAAGAAGAGCAAACUGAAGAAUCAUGACAUUGUGGGUCUAUACUCUCCAGAUGGCCAGUCCGUUAAGAUUAAGAGCGCCAUCGUCGACGACGUUGAGGUUGCUGGGGAUGUCCAGAACCCUGCAUCCGCAAAUGGUCCUUCUGUGGCUGAGAACAGGAAUGGUCAUGACGACGAAGCGCAAGAGCAAAAUAGGUUGCUUCGGGAUGAUGAACCACAAGAGCAAAACAGUCUGCUUCAGAAUGAUGAACAGCACGGGGGCCAGGAUAAUCGAGACGGGACGUGA